AUGCCUCAACCUCUUAGCUCGAAAGAGAACUCUCUCUUUCGACAGGUCAUUCGAAACUAUGAAGACAAGCAGUACAAGAGGGGGUUGAAGGCUGCCGAGCAGAUUCUCAAGAAGAACCCUAAACAUGGAGAUACAAUGGCAAUGAAGGCUCUGAUCAUCAAUCAACAGGGGAAGACCGAAGAGGCAUUUGCGUUAGGAAAGGAAGCUCUCACGGCCGAUAUGAAGUCACACAUAUGCUGGCACGUCUACGGACUAUUAUACCGCCAUCAGAAGAACUUUGAAGAGGCUAUAAAGGCCUAUAAGUUUGCUUUGAAGUUAGAACCCGAGUCUCACCAAAUCCAGAGAGAUCUCGCCUUCCUUCAGAUUCAAAUGCGCGACUAUCAAGGAUACAUUCAAAGUAGAACUGCCAUGCUCCAGGCUAGGCCUCAACUAAGACAGAACUGGACGGCGCUUGCCGUUGCCCAUCACCUAGCUGGUAACCUUUCUCAGGCCGAAAAGGUAUUGACGACCUACGAAGAUUCUUUGAAAGUCCAGCCGUCUAAGACAGAUUACGAAAAUUCAGAGGCUGUCAUGUAUAAGAAUUCCAUCAUAGGCGAGAUGCAAGACUAUCAGAAAGCUUUAGACCAUCUAGAGUCUAUUUCCAAGAGCAACCUCGAUCGCCUAGCGAUAUUAGAGCUUCGUGCAGAAUAUCUGGCAAAGCUUGGCAAGAAAGAGGAGGCAGCCGAUGCCUACCGCGCCCUACUCGAUCGCAACCCGGAACAUCCCGAAUACUAUUCUAAGCUUGUGGAGGUCUUAGGUAUUGGUGCUGAUGCUGCAGCCCAAAAAGCAAUUUACGAUGAAUACGCCGAAAAAAAUCCGCGUUGUGGCGCUGCCAAGCGGUUACCCCUGGAUUUCCUCGUCGGCGACGACUUCCGGGAAGCGGCCCGCGGAUAUUUAUCUUUGAUGUUAGAUAAGGGAGUUCCUUCGACGUUCGCAAACCUCAAGCACCUCUACGCCGACCAGUCCAAGAGAGAUACGCUUGGAUCAUUAGCGCAUGAGUAUCUCGACUCAAAACGAGCAGCUUCAGAUGGAAGUGCACCGGCGGAUGGGGACUCGCUUAAUGGAGAACCGGCCGCAUUAUAUUACCUUGCCCAACACUACAACUACCAUCUAAGCCGCGAUCUCGAAAAGGCAAUUGAGUACGUCAAUAAGGGAAUCGAGUUAUUACCCAAGAACGUCGAGUUCCAUAUGACGAAGGCCAGGAUAUGGAAGCACUACGGCAAUACUCGAAAGGCUUCUGAGACUAUGGAUGAAGCUCGCAAACUUGACCUGAAAGACCGGUACAUAAACACAAAGGCGGCGAAAUACCAACUACGGAAUGACGAUAACGAAACUGCCCUCAAGACGAUGGGUCUCUUCACAAGGAACGAUUCAACAGGCGGUCCUCUGAACGAUCUGUUGGAUAUGCAAAGCGUGUGGUACCUGACAGAAGAUGGGGAGGCGUGGGUGCGCAAUGGGAGCAUAGGAUUGGCUCUGAAGAGAUUCCACGCUGUCUAUAACAUCUUUGAUGUGUGGCAAGAAGAUCAGUUUGAUUUCCAUAGCUUUUCUUUGAGGAAGGGACAGAUUCGUGCAUAUGUAGACAUGAUCAGGUGGGAGGACCAUCUCCGCGAGCAUCCAUUCUACACCCGGGCUGCCCUCGGAGCUAUAGCGAUCUACGUGAGUAUUUACGACCGUAGCCAGGCAACUAAUGGCGUGAACGGCCCCGACGGUGCCAAUGGAGACGAGGCUGCCGAGAGGAAAAAGGCAGCCAAGAAAGCUAAGAAGGAGGCACAAAAAGCAGAGCGAGAAGCAGCUGAGCGGGCCGCCAAGCAAGAUCCUAACAAAUCGAAGGGAGCGACAGCAGAGCCCGUCAAAAAGGACGACGACCCUAACGGUUUUAAGCUCGCAGCUACUACCGAACCAUUGACCGAGGCUACGAAGUUCCUCGCGCCUAUACUUCAAUUCAGUCCGAAGUACAUCGAUGGGCAAAUCGCCGGCUUUGAGGUAUUCAUCAGGAGAGGGAAACACCUCCUUGCUCUUCGAUGCCUAAAUGCUGCGUUGGCCCUCGAUGCGGACCAUCCCACAGUUCACGAGCAAGUUGUGAGAUUCCGCCAAGCUCUAGACUCAAAGCUCGAAUCAUUACCCCCUAAAGUAGCUGAAGUGUUGAAGUCCGAAUUCACUCUUGUAGACGCUACAGCAGAUCUGAAGAAAUACAACGCCAGCUUCCAAGAGAAGCAUAAGAAUAGCCCGCCUCAUGUCAUCUCUGCUGUCAAAACAGAGAGGCUCAUAGGGGAAGACAAAAAGAAGACCGAGCAAGAUCUCGCGGGAGUGCUCAGCCUGAAAGAUGUCCACCACGAGCACGCGGAAGAAGUUUUGGCCAUUCUAAAGCAGUGGCGCAGUAGCGAAGCAGAUUCUUUCAAGGCAGCUGCCCAUGAUAAGUGGCCGGAAGUGACCGUAUUUGCGUAA